AGUGCCAACCACACGAUGAGUCCACACACACACACAUGCUUGUUGAGUGACUAUUCCAGUUAUUUCACUGUGGUUUGUCCACUUGGGACGCAGACCCGCUUCAGCCAGGAGCCAGCCGACCAGACUGUGGUGGCCGGACAGCGGGCCGUGCUCCCCUGCGUGCUGCUCAACUACUCGGGGAUCGUGCAAUGGACCAAGGACGGGCUGGCACUGGGCAUGGGUCAGGGACUCAAAGCGUGGCCGCGGUACCGGGUCGUGGGCUCUGCAGACGCCGGGCAGUACAACCUGGAGAUCACCGAUGCCGAGCUCUCUGAUGAUGCCUCUUAUGAAUGUCAGGCCACCGAGGCCGCCCUGCGCUCCCGGCGGGCAAAGCUCACCGUGCUCAUCCCCCCAGAGGACACCAGGAUUGAUGGAGGUCCUGUGCUUCUGUUGCAAGCAGGCACCCCCCACAACCUCACAUGCCGAGCCUUCAGUGCCAAGCCUGCUGCCACCAUCAUCUGGUUCCGGGAUGGGACACAGCAGGACGGUGCUGUGUCCAGCACGGAACUGCUGAAGGAUGGGAAGAGAGAGACCACCAUCAGCCAAUUGCUCAUUAACCCCACGGACCUGGACAUCGGGCGUGUCUUCACCUGCCGGAGCAUGAACGAGGCCAUCCCCAGUGGCAAGGAGACUUCCAUUGAGCUGGAUGUGCACCAUCCUCCUACAGUGACCUUGUCCAUUGAACCACAAACAGUACAGGAGGGCGAGCGUGUUGUCUUUACAUGCCAGGCCACGGCCAACCCUGAGAUCCUGGGCUACAGGUGGGCCAAGGGGGGCUUCUUGAUUGAAGAUGCCCAUGAUAGUCGCUAUGAGACAAAUGUCGAUUAUUCCUUCUUCACGGAGCCUGUGUCCUGUGAGGUUCACAACAGAGUGGGCAGCACCAAUGUCAGCACUUUAGUUAAUGUCCACUUUGCUCCCCGGAUCGUAGUUGACCCCAAACCCACAACCACAGACAUCGGCUCUGAUGUGACCCUCACCUGUGUCUGGGUUGGGAAUCCCCCCCUCACCCUUACCUGGACCAAAAAGGACUCAAACAUGGGGCCCAGGCCUCCUGGCUCCCCACCCGAGGCUGCUCUCUCUGCCCAGGUCCUGAGCAACAGCAACCAGCUGCUAUUGAAGUCGGUGACCCAGGCAGAUGCCGGCACCUACACCUGCCGGGCCAUCGUGCCUCGGAUCGGAGUGGCUGAGCGGGAGGUGCCACUUUAUGUGAACGGGCCCCCCAUUAUCUCCAGCGAGGCGGUACAAUACGCUGUUAGGGGUGAUGGUGGCAAGGUGGAGUGUUUCAUCGGGAGCACGCCGCCCCCAGACCGCAUUGCUUGGGCAUGGAAGGAGAACUUCCUGGAGGUGGGGACCCUGGAACGCUAUACAGUGGAGAGGACCAACUCGGGCAGUGGGGUGCUGUCCACGCUCACCAUCAACAACGUCAUGGAGGCCGACUUUCAGACCCACUACAACUGCACUGCAUGGAACAGCUUCGGGCCAGGCACGGCCAUCAUCCAGCUGGAAGAGCGAGAGGUGUUACCUGUGGGCAUCAUUGCCGGAGCCACUAUCGGCGCAGGUAUCCUGCUCACCUUCUUCUUCAUCACCUUGGCGUUCUUCCUCUACCGGCGCCGCAAAGGCAGUCGCAAGGAUGUGACUCUUAGGAAACUGGACAUCAAGGUGGAGACGGUGAACCGCGAGCCACUCACAAUGCAUUCUGACCGGGAGGACGAUAACGCCAGCGUCUCCACAGCGACCCGGGUCAUGAAAGCCAUCUACUCGUCCUUUAAGGAUGAUGUGGACCUGAAGCAGGACAUGCGCUGUGACACCAUGGACACCCGGGAGGAGUAUGAGAUGAAGGACCCCACCAAUGGCUACUACAACGUGCGUGCCCACGAAGACCGUCCGUCUUCCAGGGCAGUGCUUUAUGCCGACUACCGUGCCCCUGGCCCUGCCCGCUUCGACGGCCGUCCUUCUUCCCGUCUCUCUCACUCCAGCGGCUAUGCCCAGCUCAACACCUACAGCCGGGCCCCAGCCUCCGAGUACGGCCCUGAGCCCACAGCCCCUGGCCCUGCUGCCCCAGCUGUCACUGAUACAACCAGCCAGCUGUCCUACGAGAACUAUGAGAAGUUCAGUUCCCACCCCUUCCCCGGGGCAGCAGGGUACCCCACCUACCGACUGGGCUACCCCCAGGCCCCGCCCUCUGGCCUAGAGCGGACCCCAUUCGAGGCAUAUGACCCCAUUGGCAAGUACGCCACAGCCACUCGAUUCUCCUACACAUCCCAGCAUUCGGACUAUGGCCAGCGCUUCCAGCAGCGCAUGCAGACUCACGUGUAGGGGUCAGAGCCUGGCUGGGGCAUCUCUGCGGGGCAGAGGAGAAGCUGUUCCCUGAUAUUCAGGGGCAUUGCUCGUUGCUCCUGUCUCCAACUAGCCUUCCUCCUACUGCCAAGGCAGGUGGGGAGCAGGUCUCCCAGAAACACCUCACCGAGGAUGGUGCUCUGUGCAUGUCCCAGCCUCCUGGGCCUGCCCUUUCCUCUUCUUCGGGGGUAUGUGUCUCUUCUGACCUGCGCUCAUGCCUGGCCCCAGCAUGGGAACAGGAAAGUGAAGGUUGUGGAGAGCAGAGGGGGCACUUUUUAGCAUUCCCUUUCUAUCCAGGCGUCAUAUGGGGAUAAGCAGGCUUUGGCCUAGGGGACAUGAAGUGUAGGGAUGGGUAGCUCUGGCACACAUGGGUGGAAACAGGAUGGCCUAGCUAGUCCCUCUGUCAUCUGCAUUCAUACCUGGUGCAUCUCUCCUUUCUCAGGACUGCAGAAGGGACCUGGACUUAUUUUCUCUCUGUCUACAGAAUAGCCCUGGCACUGAGUUCAAGGUCCACCAUCAUUCGGCUGAGAUUAAAAUGCCAGUCAUCCUGGCUGCCCACUGUGAAUACCUGCCUGUCAGCUGCAGAGGGAUCCAGGUGUCUCCAGUAGUGCUGCCCCCUUUCCUUCUUUCCGCUUGGUAACCAGAUAAAUGGGGGGAUGUGGUGGAGAAAGGAAAGGUCAGGAACCAUGUCCUGAUUCACCAGCAAGACUGCUGCAUGCUACCUAGCAGUUUCCAGAACCCACACUAGGAGCAGCCCACCCAAGCCCCUUUCUCUCUCCAGUCUCCCCACUUUCUGGCUUGAACUCUUGAGCCUCCCUGGGGAGCUGUGGGGUGAGGGUAGGGGUGCUAUAGUCUAUUUUUCAAAGACCAAAAAACAAAACAAAACAAAAAAACAAUGGAAACCUCAUUUGAAUAAAAUAAACAAACUAGGAAUUCUCCCACCAAAUACAGGUCCCAGAGGUCAGGGAAGAGGGCACCUGUUCUCCAUCAGAUUCCUAAUACCUAUUACUCUUUCAUUCUCCAAGCACUUUGAAUCCAUUUUCAAGCAUUCACGUGGUGAGACCUGUCUUGCAGGUGGGUUCUCACAGGCUUAGGGAGGGGACCUGGCUCUCAGACACCCUGUCUACCCCAGAGCCCAUAGCUGGUUAGAGGCCACCUUUCAGGAGGCAUGGGAGAUAUUCUCUUUAGACAGGUUUUGGUUAAGUGUCUUUUUUUGGUGGGGGGGUGGGGGGCGGAGAUCCAUCAUAUUCCUCCCUCCACAUUCAGUGCCUUGAGCUUUGGUUACCCUGCCCUGUAUAGGAGGCUGUGCAGGGAGCCGGUAUUGUGGGCCCCAGACACUCUGUCAAAAAUUGCAGGGUUUAGGGAACGGAUAGGUAAGGGGGCCUGAUAAGAGGAAGGGCGAACCGGAUAAAGUGGCACUGAGGGCACUGCAUUCAGCGAUAGCCCAUGCUGCCACCUCCGCCCCCAACCCCCACACACGUGCAAGCACACAUUCCACAUGGCCCUUCUCAGCCACCAUCCGCUGACCAAAGAACCAGCGCUCCAAAAAAGAACCCGUACCCCUGCCCGGCCUCGCCCUUCCAAGAAGCAGGGUCUGGUGUGCGCUCCUGACUCACUCAGCCCGGACUAGACAGGAGGAGCUUCCGGUACGAUGCCCAGAAAGCGCAUCGCCCUUUCUCGUGACCACCGUUCCUUAGUCAUGUACGCUUUAAUGAGUUACAUGCUCAUCAGCCACAGGCCAUCACCACUCUUGCGGGUUGGUCUGUGGGGUGACAUUCCCUGCCAUCCUCCUGCUGGUAAGGAUCGGCUAAUGCCCAGCAAGAAAGUAACUCUAGAUCUGGCCUCGCAGCUGCCUUGCGUCUCCAUCCUCCGUUUUAGCAGGGGCGAGCCCCGCGGACCUACCCUUCCCGAGACCUGAUCCAGGCUCCCGGCCACAUUCUACCCUCGGAAGCUGACCUUUUCCUGCGUUGUCCUUUUGUGUGAGCUCAGUUGAGAAGGCCUAUUCAGAAUGCGGGUUCCUCUGCAGACAGAGUCAUGCAUAUUUUUUUUAUUAUUACAGAAUCUAGAAGCCUUUGGUAAUCCAAACAGUUAAAAUCUAAAGAUGGUGGCUUUUGAAAUAGGAAUAUUCACCCCACCCCCGGACCUAAUUUUUAUUAAGGGUUUGGCUGAACUGUCUAUUUCCCCUUUUUUGUUUAAGCACUGGGCGCAUUUAUUGAACCAUGGCGAGGAGGGUGCUGAUGCUGCAGUUACCAUUAGUUUUCUGAGGCCUGAUACAGAGCUGCUUACUGUUCUCUGUUCCUUAACACAUUAACUGGGGCCUCCUGGGUACCAAGCAAGUGCUGCGGUGCAAGGCACAGGGAGAAAUCAGCCACCAAAGCCAUCUCUGUACACUGCAACCGACAGUGGUUGGAUCAGAAUCUGUUCUAUUACUAUUCUUGUGCACCUGGGUCGACACGCCUUUGAAAUGCCAGAGUACCCAUAGUUAGUGCAGACUCCACAGGUUUAAGGGCCUAACCUGUUAGGCCAAAUGGAACCACUUGUCUGGGGAGUGGAAGGUGCCCUUGAAUGUAGAGCUUUGUUGUCCAAAGAUGGAAUCCUCCAGUAUGGUGCCUCAGUACUUGAUGUGGUCAGCUUGGUGGUCCUGACCACCUUUGACCAUGUUGUUUUGGUCAAGGGGCUAGGAGUCAGGAGACCUGGAGCCUGAUUCUGAAGUUGACAUCUACUGAUUGUUGGCCUAACCUCUUCAUUGUCCCUGAUUUUUCUACCCUGUAAAGUGAGAGAAAAGGAUUGCACAAACCUGGAAUUUUUCUGCUCUUUCUGUAUUCAUUUGGUGAGGAGAAGAGGCCUAGGCAGUUGGGAACAGUAAGCUGAGGGAUGGAGUUGAAAGAUUCUCUUGAAAGAAGGUUUCACCACUGGCUUCAUUAUCCUGUUGGAAGUAUUAUGAAUGAAUUUCUACUAGGAACCCCUUAAACAGCAACAAAAAGCAUACCUUAAACAGCAACAAAAAGCUUACCCUAAACCUCAGUAAAAUUGAUGUGGGGUUAUCCUUUGGCCAUUGGGUAACUGUACUCCCCACUCAGAAUUCUGAAAGUUUUGUAAGGGUUUUUAUGGCCAAGGCAGGGCAUGGUGACUCCACCGUGUAUCCAGGUUUCCUCUGUGGGGAGAAAUGGGGGUAGCCACCUGCCACCCUAGUCUUUAGGAGCAUUUUCCUGGCCCAGGGACCACUUACUAAGUGAAGCCUGCAGGUGUCUUGAGCCAGAGGGCAAGGUGUGAGUACAGCUGACCCCUCUGUGAAGGAGCAGGUAGAAGCGCAGCUAGUAGAGGAGAAAUGGGUCUAGUGGUUCUGACAUAAAUUCAGGGUCGUGAAGAGGUUCUUGUGAUUCUGGGUGAGCCACUGUUUCUUUGAAGAGCACAGACCCAGGGAUGUAGUUGGGAAUGCAUUUAUUUUUGUGAAGAGGCUAUAAAAAUAGCAUUUAAAUAUUUCAUUUCCUAUUCCCUGUCUUCCCCUACCCCACCAACCUCCCCACAUCGUCCCCCCUCAUCUCUCCUCUCCUGGAGGCCAGCCUCUUUCUGAAAGUCCUCACCUUUAUCAGCUUAGUCCUGAAUUCCACCUCUGGGCUGACGGAGAGGACAGAACGAUGUGUGGCUUGGGAGAUGGAGGGAAGGGCAGAAUCUCAUUUUCUUACGUCACUGUGAGGGAGCUCCAGGCCCUGUUCCUGGAGAAAUAUUUGCUGUGCGGAAGUCACAGGCCAUAUUGGGUGGUUCUGGUAUAAGCCUACCCUUAAAAAAUUAUAAUAACUCCAUUUGCAUAUAACUAUCACUCAUUUCUACCAGUCUCCUGCCCCGACUCCUGGCUUUUUGAUGGCCCUAACCAAUGGCCUUGUCAAAUGGUGAUGGGCCAUUGGCUCUUAGUUUCUGGAGAUCUUCAUAUGCUGCCCCUGAGAAUACCCCUAACUGGAGAGAGAGCAGCUAAGCUGCCAAUACAAUCAAAUUCUCCACAGAUUUGGCUGCCUCCAAUAUCACCAGAAAGAGGCCCAGGGAUUCCCUGUGGUCACAUUUCCAACCCCAACCAUUCUUGGGAUUACAACCUCCAUUCUUGGCUUCAUGAAUUUUCUCCACCCAAAGCCCAAUGAUAAAUGGAUCCAUGAUGAUAA